AGUAGUAAAGUCACUUAGAGGCUUUUGUGGAGGGUUUUUUUGCGUUUUUAAGUGUUUGGGUCGCUGUUUAGGAGAAUAAAAGUCAAAUAAACUUAAGUACCCACUUUGGUUACAGCUUCCGCUCUUAUGAUUUAUAGUGCCUCGCUCGAUACUUGUUAGUUACAACGCAAACAUUUAUUUUUAUAUCUGUUGGUGUUCUAAUAAUAAUAGGUUGCAAUCAAUAAAAGCGCUAUAGUUUUUCAAGCGGCCACGUGCGUUCAGUAGGAGUGAUAAGAAAGGUAAAAGAGAGCGUAACUGAUAAUAUUUAAUAGUCAUUAGCGAAAAGGGGACGGCGCAAUAUACGGUGUUGGUCGCGGCUCGCUCGGAAGGCAGGCGCGGCGGCGUGGCUCGCCGGCGCUUCAGUCAGUAGCUUGCGAGAGCCGGGUCGCGCCGCUACAGUGAACGCUCGCUCGCUCAAACACGGCCCGAAACUUCGCUCGCGACGCACGCCUCCCGCGUCUCGCACGCUCCAAAAUAAAGCACCGACCACGUGAUCGCGGUCGCUGUCACAACCUCUUAAAAACUCGUAAAACCCGCGGCACGCGCUACCGACUCGUAAAAUAAUCGUAAAAAGUAAACACACAUCAACUCGUUUAUCGCCGACGAGGCCCAUUAUGACGCUCGAGUGACGUAUAAGCGUAUAACGACGACAAUAAAAUUAUCGAAAAUUAAUUUCGGAUUUUAGGAGUGACAUUGGCGGAGGUCGCGUUAUCAGGGCGAUGACAUAAGUGUUUCUAACUGAGUGACGAUAGUGAUAGCGAAGAUGAACUCUUACUUUGAGCAGGGUGGUUUUUACGGGGCGCACGGAGUGCACCAGGGGGGCGGCGGCGGAGACCAGUACAGAGGGUUUCCCCUGGGGCUGACGUACGCCCAGCCGCACGGGUUGCACCAGCCGAGACCGCAAGAUUCCCCUUACGAUGCGUCAGUGGCGGCAGCAUGUAAGCUGUACGCGGGAGAGCAGCAGUACGCCAAGGCGGAUUGUUCGAAGACCGGAGGGGACCAGCAGAACGGUUACGGCGCUAAGGAGGGCUGGGGCUCGGGGCUGGGCGCGCUCGUGCGACCCGCGGCGUGCACUCCGGAGGCUCGGUACAGCGAGUCGUCGAGCCCGGGCCGCGCGCUGCCGUGGGGCAACCAGUGCUCGCUGCCGGGCGCCGCCGCGGCCGCCGCGCAACCCGUCCAGCACCAACCCACCAACCACACCUUCUACCCUUGGAUGGCCAUAGCAGGUGCGAAUGGCCUCAGAAGACGGGGUAGACAGACCUACACGAGAUAUCAAACGCUAGAAUUAGAGAAGGAGUUUCAUACGAACCACUACCUCACGCGGAGGAGACGCAUAGAAAUGGCGCACGCCCUCUGUCUCACGGAGCGACAGAUCAAAAUAUGGUUCCAGAAUCGAAGGAUGAAAUUAAAGAAAGAGAUUCAGGCUAUAAAAGAGUUAAACGAACAAGAGAAGCAAGCGCAGGCGCAGAAGGCGGCGGCGGCGGCCGCGGCCGCGGCGGCGCAGGGCCACCCCGAGCACUAGGCCGCGCCGCGCGCGCACGUGAUAUACCGCAGUCCGAACACUCCCUAGCUUUGUGUUUUGUAAAUUGUUUGUAAUUAUUUUCGUUAUCUACCUAAGUGUUGUUCGGUUGUUGUGAUUAUUUUUAUUAGUUAUUAUAAUAGACGCAAUGUUUUUCUAAUUGAUUGAGGGAACAAUAAACGGUUUAAUGCUAGACUAGAAACGGGUCGUAUUAUUUUGUGUUUCGAGUUUUGUUUUUGUUGAUUUUUUUGUAAUUAAAAUAUUUUAAUUCGCGCUACCGUCGAAGAUGAUCGCGUAUGGAAACCAGUGCAAUUUGUAGAAAUCUCUUCCGUGUUACAUAGUGUAGGUGUAUCGUAGUGCGUUCGAUAUUGCGACACUAGUGCCCCCAGCUCGGCGGAGUCUUCGAGACGAACUAUAUUAUAUUGUACAAAUAUGCCUACCAAAGAGACCCGGUCUCGUACCCUUAAAGCUAAGUAAAGAGUCGUAAGUUAAAUUAAUUACCUACCGCUAUCGUGUCGUGUCGCGUAGUGUGACGGACUCGUGUGUGACAGUAUCUCCGCGCCAUGUACCCUUCAAUACUCUCGCAUAAGUAUAGUGUAACGUGAUCGUGUUCCUGCAGUUUCAACAGUCGGUGAAAUUAAACAAAUUGCCAUAAAUAUAAGUAGGUAUUACUUAGCCAAUAGCGGUGUAAAUAGUUAGGGUUACGUCUAUAUUAAUGGAAGUGAGCAAAAAUGCGCCGGCGCCGCGGAAUGAGCAGAAAAAGCUCCGGAGAGAGUGCGGGGAGCGGCGGGGGCGAGCGGGGAGGUGCGGGGCGGGGCGCGCUGCCGGCCACCGAACAGGACCCUAGGUGGUCGUCGCGUAGAGCGUUUUCAGUGGCUUGGUAGGUGUUAGGAUACCUAAGAGGUCUCGCUUACUUCAGUUUACUUGUAACAAUACCAAAAGUAGAUGCGUCUUACUCAUGAGCUUCAUUCACUCGGCGCUCCCAACACAUUGACGUCGCGCUAUCAAGAUAUCAAACUUGACUGUCGAAUAAAUUUUUGUGCCAACCCACACGAACGCUUAGGCAAUCGACUACCGAAGAUUUAUAGUCAAAAUUUCCCGUUAGUAACGCUUACCGAGCACACUCCGCGUAUCACUAUUUCACAAAUAAAAGAACCAGUCGCGAUAUGAUCGUCGACUAUAAAUUAUAUGAAGCUCGGAUGAAAAAUACGCGGUUUGGUGUCCGCUUAUUUAUCGCUUAGCUCGACUAAUGUAUGAAUUUAUGUUAAUCCGGUGACUAUUUAAAUAGUGGCAUCUAUUAAUAUUUAAUUAAGUUUUUACGUUGCGUCAACAGUCUGAAAGCUGUGUGUAAAUCGGGCGGUCAUCUGGGUUGGGAGUGCGGGGUGAAGACGUGAGAGCGGGCCGGUAUCGGCCCGUGAUCUGCUAUCGCGUGGCAUCGCUCGGUGGCUGUUCCAUGCUAGGAUUAGGUCGGUACCCGCGUGUUCCAUUCCGUGAUAUAUUGUUCCGCAUCUCCGUAUAUAAAUCUCGAACGCCUGCUGAGGUACACGGACGCGGCCGCCGCGCCGCACCUUCCAGCUUCAAAUGGAAUUGUGUUUUUAUUUAUCAUGCGAAUCGCCCCCCUAUCACUCACCGGGAUCGCACUUUAUCUGCCAAAACUUCAAGUCGUAUCGGCUCCAACUGCUCUUUAUAGUAACUAAAUAUUAUCAUGUAUGUUAUAAUAAGAACUCUCGUUGACAAAUACCUAUUUAGUAGACUUACUCAUUUUUCGUGACUACAUCCACAAACUUUGUACUUGCCAUGAUGUAAAAUCUUAAUUCUUCUUAGGUAAAUCAAUCUUUUGUCAUUGAAACGAGGUGGGGGCAAAAUACAAAUUUUAUAUUCUAAUGUAUAUAUGCAAGUUGUUUGUAGGUAUUCGUAAGGUAAAUCUGAUGUACAACGUCUGUAUACGUUCAUAUUACACUUUAAGACAUACAGUGAUAUGUUUCAGCUUGUAAACCGUGUAAUAUAAUGAGUAUUACAUACUGGAGUGGCGAAGGAAGCAAAAUUGUGUAGGAUCGUCUUGAUCCGUCGUAAUUUAAAUCAGAUUUCUUAGCAUUUAGAUUUCUACUUUUGAUGUCUUAAAACACCGAGUAGGAUAGUGUAGUGACGAUAUCUCGUUUUGAAUCUAGUGACAAAAUAUAUGUUAUUUCUUGUAUUUAAACAGAAAACUAGUAGCGUUUUCUAAAGAAUUUAAUUUGAAAUUUGAUAGUAUCGUUCCUGCUUAUGCAGCUGUUACGGUAAAUUUAAUAAACAUUGGAAAUAAAUCCCGGAGCAGUAACCGAUAGCAUCGAUUUGUGUAAGCUGUAACGCCGUCACGCCAGACUCCUAUAUACGUAACUACAAAGGCUUUAGUAUGAAAAUUUAUUCCAUUUUAUUAGUCGAUAGCUUAAUUUAUUCUUAGAGAAAUAGUUUACCUAUAUUAGUCAGAGAAAUGACAACAAUCAAGUCUAGUUGUGCCCAGUAUACGAAUAGCUGACUAACAUAAGAUAAUAUAAUUUAUUUUAAGAUACAUUAGCUGUAAUAUUUUUGGAUUCCUAUAAACAUAUACGUAAAUCGUCUUUUUUAAUCUAGUUAUCAAGUUAAAUUAGGUUGAGGUUCUUUCACUUAUUUUACGUGUCUUCAAAGUGCCAAAUUCAUUUUAUAGCUGUCAUUGUUCAUCUUUUUACCUCUAGAAGUUCCUUUACUAUGUUAAUUAAUGAGUUUGAAUGAGGCAUUAGUAGCGUGACAUGUGUAAAUGUUUUUUUUAUCGCCGAGCAAUGAAAGAAUCCUCUCCUAAGUUUUCUUGUAUUGUUCAUCUUGUAAAUAUUUCUAUUUGUAAACUGAUUAUUUAUAAAAGUAUAUUAUUAACAUCCCCUUUGGUUUAAACUCGAAAUUUAAAUAUUUUAGCUUUGAGAGACAUCGCUUUGUGUAAUGCAUACAUUUAUUAUUCACAAAUGUAAUUUUAUAGCAUGAGUAGUUUAUGAUUUUAUGAUGUUUGUGACCUAAACAUGCUGGAAGUGUUAAUUGUUCGGAAACCCAUUGUUCAUCGCGUGUCGUAUAAAUUUCAUUUGUCAACGAUUUGUCUUUCAUUUAUUUCAUUUGAAACGUGCUCACGAAUGUUAUACGUAAAUUUGUCUUUAACAAAGCAUUUGUCAUACGUAACUAGGUAGGCCCAUUAUUGUAAUGUAAUAUAAUUAAUUAAUUAUAAAUUAGCUAUAAACGAAGAGAAAUACUUAAACCUUGAGGGGAUAGUGUAGAAAAUGAUUUAAAUGUUUGUGUUUCAUGAUUGUAAUUGUGUGAAAAGUUGUGUAAUAUCAUUAUAUUACCUAUUUACGUACAUAAACAAAAAGCGAUAUUAUAAUUUUUGUACAAUAUCGGCUAUAGUGCGAGAUUUAUCUGCAUUAAAAUUCUGUUACUGUAAA